AUGUUUCAGCAGCAGUUGGUGGUGAGCGAGCAGCAGAUGCCUCGCCAUCCGACGGCGAUUAAUCCUCCCACCGGUCGUCAGUCCGCAGCCCGGAGCCUCGCUGCCAUCAACACAGGCGGCGGGCGGCGGGAACACACGGACGAGGUGAAGGUGGGACGGAGGAGCGGGAUGGCUGCUCCACCGGAGGGACGAACCAUUGACCAGCCCGGCCCGACGGCCGGAGACAUAUUUGGACAUUAUCGAGGGCACGCCGGCUGCGUGCGGGUGGCUAAGGGAGGAGCCAUCGUCCUCUCGACACAUCCGGGCACCAACUCGGCAGAGGACGUCGUUGAGCAGUAUGGCCCUCCACGGCCGAUUGGCUCCAGUGCCACCACCCCAUCGGCCGCAGCCGUCCUCGUGGAGGACCAUCUUUCCAUUCCCUGGCGGAUCAUGACCGAGGAAGCUCGACCGCUAAGCAUCUCAGCAGAACAUGCCAGCCCCAGCCCCACGGAGGAGGUUCAACCACCAACAACCCUUCCACUGAGAGAGGAGCUGCAGGAGGAAUACUGGAAUAACUUCCACUUCAAGCAGCUGCUGAACCCAAACCCUGAACCAGAGUUUUACAAAAGGAAGACCUCUGCUGUUCUGUCUGCCAUGAAGUCUUUAAAGAUCCUGUUCUCCUGUCAUGCAGCCACAGCUUCUGUAAAGGCUGUCUGCAGAGCUGGUGGACGGGGAAACAAACACGAGAGAGAUCAGAGAGCUUCAGAGGAUCUCUGCAGUCUGCACGCUGAGAAACUCAAACUCUUCUGUCUGGACCAUCAGCAGCCAGUGUGUGUCGUCUGCAGAGAUUCAGAGAAACACAGCGACCACAGAUUCAGACCCAUCGAUGAAGCUGCACGACAACACAAGAAGGAACUUCAGGAAACUCUGCAGCCCUUAAAGGAGAAGUUAGAGGCUUUAGAAGAAGUUAAAGUGAAGUCUGAUCAAACAGCAGGACACAUGAAGGUCCAGGCCCGACGCACAGAGACGCAGGUUAAGGAGCAGUUUAAGAAGCUGCACCAGUUUUUAGAAGAGGAAGAGGAGGCCAGGAUGGCUGCUCUGAGGGAGGAAGAGGAGCAGAAGAGUGUGAUGAUGAAGGAGAAGAUGGAGGCUCUGAGCAGAGAGAUAGCAGCUCUUUCACACACAGUCAGAACCACAGAGGAGCAGCUGAGAGCUGAAGACGUCUCAUUCCUGCACAGCUACAGGACUGCAGUGCAGAGAGUCCAGCUGCAGCGCCCCCUGCUGGAGGCUCCACAGCUGCUCUCAGGAGCCCUGAUAGACCAGGCCAAACACCUGGGCAACCUCACCUUCAACAUCUGGAACAAGAUGAAGGAGAUGGUCUCCUACUCUCCUCUGAUUCUGGACCCAAACACUUCUGGUCUAGGACUCAUCCUGUCUGAAGAUCUGACCAGUGUGAGAACAGAACAGAGACAGCAGCUUCCUGAUAAUCCAGAGAGGCUUGAGAGUGACUGCUCUGUCCUGAGCUCUGAGGGCUUUAACUCAGGGACUCACAGCUGGGACGUCCAGGUUGGAGACAGUACAGACUGGGAACUGGGUUUGUUAGCAGAGUCCAGAGGAAGGGAGAUUUACGAUCUAGAUUAUGGAGAAUAUGAUCUCUCAGUGCAGAAGAAGCUCCAGAGGAUCAGAGUGAAUCUGGACUGGAACAGAGGAAAGUUGUCGUUCUCUGAUGCUGACACUAACACACACAUACACACCUUCACACACACUUUCACUGACAGGAUGUUUCCAUUUAUUAACACUUGGGAAGAACUCCCACUGAAGGUUUUACCAGUGAAGUUGUGUGUGACUGUAGAACAGCACAAAUAG